AUGGGCCAGCCCGACUCCCAUGCAAUCCCCACAUGGACCCACAGCCCCGCGCCUCUCGGCCAGCAUGCUGCGCUGGGCCAGCGGUAUACACCGGCCGUGAAAGUGAGCGGCGGCAGCCCGUCCGAAGAUGUCAAAUCGCCCUCGAGCGACUCGAACUGGCCCCACUCGCCAACACUACCGAGCCCCACGCUCUCCCCCACGACCAUCCGAACUCUGCCCGAGGACUUCCAGCCUCCUGUCUCAAGCCACUCGCUCGCCGCCUCCAGCCAGCCCCUGAGUGGCAAGCUUCCCCAGCCGGCAAGCGCCUCGCUCUUGGACAUUCCCUAUGUCGUUUCUCUCUAUGACACGCUUCCGCACGAACUCCAGUCAUAUCUCCUUUUCCAGUUGCUGAAGCGCUCGCAGAUGCCGGUCCUCCGUUUUGUCUCGACAGUGAUCCAGCCCACCUUCAAGCGUGACUUUUUUGGCCUCCUUCCUGCCGAAAUCAGCUAUCAGAUCAUGGGCUAUCUAGACCUGAGGACCAUGGGCCGAUGCUGCCGCGUCUCGAAGCGAUGGAAGGCCGUCCUCGAUGGCCCCGGUGCCGAGCGCGCGGUGUGGAAGCGCCGCCUGAUGGACGAGCUGUGGUACAACGAGGAGGAAAUCCAGUCUGAGCGACUGAACCGGCGCCACCACACCAUUCGUCAAAACUGGCUACACGGCCGCUACAAGCAAAUCUCCUUCCCGGCACACGAAACAAGCGUGGUGACUUGCCUGCAGUUCGAUACCGACAAGAUUGUGUCGGGCUCUGACGACCAGACGAUGCACAUAUACGAUACCAAGACCGGAAAUAUGGUUCGCCGACUCUCUGGCCAUGACGGCGGUGUCUGGGCGCUGCAGUAUUGGAAGCACGUUCUGGUUUCCGGCUCAACCGAUCGCAGCGUCCGGGUCUGGGACAUGGACUCGGGGCAAUGCACCCACAUAUUCGAGGGCCAUACAAGCACCGUGCGCUGUCUCACGAUCCUCACACCCUCUCCUGUCAACGGCGAUGAGAGCAACAUCCAGCCCGCCGUACCCCUGAUUGUGACGGGCUCCAGAGACGCGACUCUGCGGGUGUGGCGAUUGCCAGACCCCAAGGUCGACCCGCCGCAUCUGCCCGAGGCACAUGCCAACGGAGCCGCCGCUGCCACCACGAACCCAUACUUUAUGCAUGUGCUCACCGGCCACAGUGGCUCGGUCCGCGCCAUCGCCGGCUACGGAAACAUUCUCGUCAGCGGGAGCUACGACUCGUCUGUUCGCGUCUGGGACGUCGUCCAGGGUCGGCAGAUCUGGCACUUUACCGGCCACCGCGAAAAGGUGUAUAGUGUCGGCUAUUCCCACGAGCUACAACGAGCCGUGAGUGGCAGCAUGGACGCCUCCGUGCGAGUUUGGUGCACCAAAACGGGCGCGGCUCUGUUUUCCCUUGAGCGACACGCCUCGCUCGUCGGUCUGCUCGAGCUCUCUCCAUCCUACGUGGUCUCGGCCGCGGCAGACUCGACCCUCCGGAUCUGGUCCCCGCUCACAGGCGAAUGCCUAGCGACCUUGACGGGCCACAGCGCCGCUAUAACGUGUUUCCACCACGAUCCCAAGCUCAACCGCAUCGUCUCGGGCUCGGAUGGCGGCGUCAAGGUGUGGGAGCUGUCGUCGGCGGGCCCCAUCGUCCACGGCCGAUUCAUUCGAGAUCUGAUCAGCGACGUUGCCGGCGUAUGGAGGGUCCGCAUGGACGAGCGCAGGUUGGUGUGUGCCGUCCAGAAGGACCAGCAGCGCACCUGGUUUGAGGUCCUGGACUUUGAC